CACAUCAAGAGAAAUUUCUGAUCUUGAAGGGCAACUCAUUGCGUUGAGAAACCACCUUUCCAACCGGGCUUCUAUAAUCCAAGGAUUAGCAGAAGGCACAAAUCUUAACUACCUGGCUCCACCAGAAGGCUUAUCGAAAGAGGAAAUCCUGAGCUUUGAAGCAAGGGAGCCUACGAAGAUAGACAAAUGGAGAGUAGAAUUCAUGGAGUCGCUUGAAGUGUUGUUGGCAGAGAGGCGCGUGGAUGAAGCAUUGGACGCAUUAGACGAAGGAGAAAGCGUGGCCAAGGAGGCGAGAGAUCGCCAAACGUUACCCCCAGCUGAUUUACAGUCCUUGCAGACCGCCAUUUUCGAACAGAGACAGAAGUUAGCGGACCAAUUGGCAGAUGCCGCGUGUCAGGCCUCGAUCAGCGGCUAUGAGCUCAGAUCUGCUGUAAUGGCGCUGAAACGCCUCGGAGAUGGCCCCCGCGCGCACACGCUCCUCCUCACAUCUCACCAGCAGAAGCUGAAGAGUAACACUCAAUCGCUUCACCCCUCCGCCGCCUCGCACGGAGUGGCGUACACGGCGGCUCUUUCGCACCUUGUUUUCUCCACAAUCGCGCAAGGAGCGAGCGAUUCCUUAGCCAUAUUCGACGAUGAACCGGCGUACUCCUCUGAGCUAGUGACGUGGUCGGUGAAUCAGACCGAGGCUUACGCUCAGCUCAUCAGGAGACACGUUCUGGCUUCUCCGGCCGCCUCUGGCGGCCUGAGAGCCGUCGCCGAGUGUGUCCAGAUCUGUUUAGGGCAUUGCUCGCUUUUGGAAGCUCGCGGGUUAUCGCUUUCGCCGGUCCUGUUGAAAUACUUCAGGCCGUGUGUGGAACAAGCGUUGACGGCUAAUCUGAAAAGGAUUGAGCAGUGUACGGCGGCGCUUGCUGCUGCGGAUGAUUGGCUACUGGUUCAUUCGCCUAUGGGAUCGCGCUCUUUGGGAGCUGCGCCUCUUGGCGCGAUGAUCUCCCAGCCUAAGCUCUCCACCAGUGCUCAUAAAUUCAACACAAUGGUUCAGGUGAUUAUUGGCCUAACCAAAAGAUUCAAGACGUUACAUUGUUACUCUCAUUCAGGUUUUCAUUCACUAAGUCAUGCAAUAAUAGAGUUAAAUUAUCUCUCAUAACAUAUACUCCCCCAAAACUAACUUGUCAUUUUGACUUUUAAGGUCAAACUUGGGUGAGGUUUGAGUCGUUCGACUUUGAUUACUUAAAGUUAUAUUCUUAUAAAAUGUGUAAGAAAUGAUAUUUCAAUGAUAUACCAAGUAUAUUUAUACUAUUUAUUUGAAAGUAUAUUCAUUUUUAUAAAUAAUAUAAUACAGAGUAUAUUUUUUAGUAAUUAAUAGUCAAAGUUAACAAAGUUUGAUUCAAAUGAAAAAUUAAUUAUCGGACCGAGUUAGCAUAACUAUGAAUAAUUAAAAUCUAAAUAUUUUAGAAACUAAGCUAUAAGUUCAAUUGAAUUGCCCUUUCAAAAAAAAAGUUCAAUUGAAUUUCAAAAAUCGAAUUUUAAUACUACGUAUGAUAAAAAUUUACUACUACUAUGUAAAAUUAGAGAAUAAGAUAGGAUUCAAGAUUGGGUUGAGAUCACUCAAUUAAAACAAGAAAAAUACAUGUGUCGAACACACUAGCCUAGCAAGGAGAAAUCAUUAGGUACAAGCAAGGUACUCAAAGUCGUGAGGUGCACUCAAGGUGACAAGGCGUUAGAGUGCUCAAAUUCGCAAGGCGCAAAAAAGUGCCAUGCACCAUCUAUAUACAAAAAAUGUAUACCAUUCAUAAUUUUAAAAUAUAAACAAGUUAGAGAAAUGGAAAAGUAUUUUCAAAAGUUAUGUUCCCAAGUGUUUCAUAUUUUCGUCUUCCAAGUGUUUAAUAUUUUCAAAGCAUUUGGUAAAAAUGGCAUUGUCACAAUAAUGAGAUGGCUAGUUAUUAUGUUCCCGGGCUAGAGCUCGCGUCAACCGGCGGUUGGUGAGGGCAGAGAGAUGUGUUUCCUCUAUUUUUGCAGGCAAUAUAAUACUGGGGAAGUAAGGGGAGGCAGGGAAAGAGAUAAAACUUCAAGAGUUUUAUGAAGUUUCUUUCUCCUUGAUAAGUAUUCAACUGGUUUCCAGUGGCGGACAUAAAGGGGGCAAAUGGAGGCCGCUGCCCUCCAUUUGUUUUUCCUAGUAGGAACUAUGUGAGGACAUUAGUCCACUUGAGAGUUUAAGGCUAUCUCAUCAAGCUUUGGAGGGGAUCAUACAAACAUUUAACGUUUAUAUCAACAUGUUGAUAAACGCGUUGCCCGGGUCGAUGGAAACUGAAAACAUUGAAGGAACUGGACACAGAAUUGUAAGAAUUGCAGAGACUGAAGCCCAACAGACAGCAUUGCUAGCCAAUGCAUUGUUGUUAGCGGAUGAGCUCAUCCCACGUGCAGCCACGAAGCUCUCGCCUUGUCAUCAACAGCAGGCAAACAGAAUGGAGGAUUCGGCUAAAAGAUCCUCUGAAAGGCGUAUUCCAGAGCAGAGGGAACUUAAGCGAAGACUUCAGCGGUUAGUUGAUCAAUUACGUGACAGCUUCUGUAGACAGCAUGCGCUUGAACUUAUUUUUGGAGAAGACGGUGUGGUUCGAUUAAAUGCAGAUAUGUAUCUGAAUAUGGAUGAAAGUGGAGAAGAGCCUGAAUGGUUCCCCUCUCCAAUAUAUCAGGAACUAUUUGAAAAGUUGACAAGAAUAGCCAACAUUGCGUCAGAACUGUUCAUUGGAAGGGAAAGGUUUGCAACUAUGCUUUUGGUCAGGCUAACUGAUACUGUCAUCCUUUGGCUUUCUGAAGACCAGAACUUUUGGGAAGAAAUUGAGCAAGGUCCACGGCCUUUAGGUCCAUUAGGACUUCAGCAGGUUUUCCUUCUCAACUGCUCUUGUUACUGUGGCUAUUUUUCUUCGUGUCAAAUAAUAAUAAUACUCCCUCCGUCCCCUUUUAAAUGUCUCGUUUUACCAUAUUGGGAUGUCCCUAUUUAAUUGUCCCAUACCUUAUUUGGUAAACUUUGUGUGGCUCAAAAUCAUUCUUGCUUUAUUCUUACUUUAUCAAUUAAUAUCAACCACACAAACUCACUUUUCUUAAAACUCGUGCCACCCUCUCCCGUCCCAUUUAAAAGGGGACGGAGGGAGUAAUUAGUAUCUUAACUCAUAGGGGAGAGCAGACCUAGUAGUAAGAAAAUUAAUACCCAGCCCAACAAGGAUAAUUUAAUAAGAUUUGAAGUGUACAUUAAAGAUUAGCCAUAGGAGUAACUCAAUAUUUGAUUUGUAACUUCAUACUAUGCAUGUAUCUAAUGUGGGCCAAACUGUUAAACAUAAAAACAUCUCUACAUCACUCCAUUUUUGUAAUACGAAGCCUGUGCUUGUUUCCAUUGGUUUAGGAUUUGGGAGGGUAGAGAAGAGGAGGAUCAAUUUUAUUUUUUAAAUUAUUUAUGCAUUUAGGUGAUUGAAAAUAAAAUGAAGAUAAAAAAUAAUAUAGAAGAACAUGAUCUAACUGAUCAUAUUAUCAUAUAAUUAUUUCUUUUACAAACUUAACAAAGAGAUAAAUUAGUGAAAUAAAAGUCAUUCUCCUCUUUUAGAAAAUGAGUUAAGUUCAAGAACUGUUUAAUUCAAAUUUUGUAAAAAUGGUCAUUUUAUUUUAUUUUUUCUCUCGUGGUUUUCUCUUUCUUCACAUCUGUUUCUUCUUUUGGUUUCUUAAUUACCACAAAGAAUGUAAAACAGGUUUCCUUCGAUUCUCUCCCAAAUUAAUGUCAUCAUUUUCCAAAGCAAUGGCGGGUAUAAUUUUGACAAUGGCAGAACUUAAGAUAAAAAUGAAAGCACAUCAAGAUAAAUCUAUUUAUAUGGUUUGAUUUUAUUUCCAUUUAUCUUCAUUUUUUUCUUGAUUGGGUCCUUUAUCCUUAGUUUCUUUUAUUCCCAGAAACAAUGGUCGGAAAAUAUCAAAUGUCAAACCAUCCACUUACACUAGCAUUGAUAUUAAGACUUAGGUUCCACACUGAAAGUUCAAAUCUGAAAAAUGUGUUUUUUUUAGUCUUAGUCGGAACAGGUAGUUUCUUGGAAUAUAAUUGACUAUGAUAUCAAUUUUGUAUGGACACCGGAGACUGGAGUCCCAGACUUCUCAUUGAAUGCCUUAGGCUGUGAACCAAAAGAUUCCAAGUUGCUCCACGCAAGGUGGAGGAUUCUGGCUUGCCCAGUCAUAUACGAACAAGGUGAUAUGCCUGCAUGGGUAGCUCAUCUGGUCGUGACUGUAUAGUUUUGGUAUAAGAAUGAGGCAGUGCUACACUUUAUGGAGCACACUGGAAUCGAUUUCAUUGCUACUGGGUGUACCAAUGCCACAAUAUAUUGGACAGUUGCUAUUGGUUAGAGCCCCGGCCCUUGCCACGACCUGAUCACCCUUGGCCACUACCACUAUUGAAUUGUUAGCUGCCCAUGUUUGACAUGGUCGCUGUCUCCAAACUUGCUUCGUUGCUGUCUUCGCGAGUGGUUCAAAUUGAACUGUUGAAGCAGCCAAUGAGGGUCCUUUCUUCCGCUCUUGAGUUUUCUAUGGGUUGGUAUGGCGUGUUCCAUUCUACUUCUAAUUCUUUAAUGGAAAGAGUGUCAAAUAUGUCCUGCUAAUAUGUACAGAAAGUCAAUUAAGCUCUGUACUUUAACUUUCAUCAAUUACAUCCUUGAAGUAUUUAAAUUUAUCAAAUCCAAUUUUUGGCAGGUAACCUUCCGGUGGUUAGUAGGUUACCUGCGGCAUAAACGUGAGCUAAGCGAAGCAGUGAAAGCACACAUGGCUCCCUACGUCACCAUUUAUCCUUUUCUUUUUAUUCUUCUCUUUUCCUUUUCUUUCUUUUCUUUUCCUUUCCUUUCUCCUUCCAUGUUCCCUCUUAUCUCUUCUCCACGGAGGUCAAGCCGCCUUGACUAUUAAUGUUUUACAAUGCUGUAAUUACAGUACUAAAUUUAGAUACUACGGAGUACUAAGUACUGAGUAUUAAGUUUUGUAAUAGGAUCAUACAUAUUAAACCUACUCCGUAUUGAACUGAAAAUAUUUAGCCGUCAACAGAGGAGCAAAAAACAUGCUGUAAAGAAAGGACAAACAAAAAGUGGUGCGAAAACCGGUGAUCGGGGUAGGGUAUAGCCGAAAGGAAGAACGAAAAACCAGAGUGGUCAAGUUACCAAAGGGAAAGUUAAAUUGGAGGGAACACCACACUUUGGUAGCAUUGAAAUCGAAUGAAUGCCCUUUGAAAAUGGCAAAUGUCAAAUGCCUUCUGAAAAGAAAGACUGAGACGAAGUAGAGAAAAUGACAAAUGUCCCUCUUCAUCAAUGGUGGAACUGAAUCUCAAAUUCCAUCCAGAUCUCCUCCAUCUCUGGCGGCUCAACCUCUGCGUGAAGGAAAAAAAGAGCGAUCAGGGAAUGAGAAAGGAUUACCUGUGCCAUGUCAAGUAGCGUCAACAGGUAACCUCCUAACAGGCAGAUUACUUACCGAAAAAUCGGAUUUGACAAAAUUUACAUCGAGAAUUUAAUUGACGAAAGUUAAAGUAUUGAGGAUUAAUUGACUUUAUGUCCAUAGGACAUAUUUGACACUUUUCCCUGAUUUCAACAUUCCAUUUUACAAUCCUUGUUGUAAGCUAUGUUGUAAAUCAAAUGUGGAUUAGAGUUGGCCGUUAUUGGAUUGGAUUCAGCUUUUCAUGUUUGACAUCUAACGGAUCAAUGAGUCCUUUGUAAACAUUCCGGCAGAUGUGAUGGAACUAUGGAAGCAAUUAAGAAUUGGGUGUAUUCAGAGGCGUAACCAAGACAUAGAAGAGGGUGGGCCGGAUCAUUAAAAGUUAUCAUCACUCAUAAAUUAAAGGAAUAAUUACUAUUAGCCCCUGAGGUUAUGUCAUAAUCACGAAGGCAGCCUUGCAUUUUCAAAAAUAUAUUGGUUACCCCCUGAGUUUAGAUCAUUCUCAUUCUUUGCCCCUCACGUUAAUAUUUGUUAAAUCAAAUUUAAUAUAACUCUUAUAUUCAAUGAAAAUUGUUUAUAAAAUUA